AUGAAUGACUCUACGCCACUCACAGCUACAAUUAUUGAUCACCAAAAGAACUCCUCGCCAGGCUGCCACACUCUCAGUAUCAACAAGCAAUCAUCAUCAUUGCAGCCCCUGACUAAACAUGGUGGAAAGGUCUGCUGGUGGUGCUUAGACCAAGGAGACGAUGCAGCUGAACCUAAUACACCUUCUACUUGGACAUCGCCACGAAGCGAUUGCCUUCCGCCGCUUCUGUAUAGAUGGUCAAACGCCGACUCGCAAGGCAUCAAUAUCCCAAAGCGAUAUAUCGCUGGCCUAUUUGUUGACUCUGAGGUCAGCGCGUUCCUUCCUGAAGACAUUGCUCCAGAAAUAUUCGACAGCUAUGUCCUGAACCAUGUCAGUAUCGCAAGUAACCCAAGCCCCUUCAUUUCCACUUUCCAGUCUAUCCUAGCCCCGAUCCACCGAGCAAUGUGGGGGAAAGAAGGGGCUAGGGUUUCCAUCAUUGAUACAAGGAAGCUUACAGGCCCACUGUACUUCGCCAAAGCCCUUGUACAGCAGAACAAGAUCCGAAUCCCGGGCUACAGCGGAAUCGGAGAAUACCUUAUCUGGGGAGAGAUUCAGACGCCUGCGAUAAUUUGCUCCUUUAAGAUCAGUACACUCAUCCAAAUUGCGCAAAAGCAUGAAGAUAUUGGCAGAAUCCUGCAACUUGACAAAAUUGCCUCCUAUAAACGUGUUCGGGGAAAGCUACGAACAGUUCUUUCGAAGGAGACCGGCAGUAUGAAUCUGGAUCAUGCUUCUGGUGUAAGCUUGGGUAAAUUGCUCCAUCUUAUCAAUGUGCCCCAAGAAUAUUAUCAGAUGGUCGGUGAGGGCAUCCUCAGGUCAUGGCAAUUACGGAAGCAGGGAGACUGGCAAGAAUUUUGCCAAGGCCUUGAAGUUGGAUUCGCCCGGUUACCCCAUACAACCUUGAGUCCAUAUCCAGUCAACCUGGAUGCAACGCCUGCAGGAAGAGCUCUGGUCAAGGGAAUUGGAACAGAUUAUCUUCUUCAGCAUGACACCGUUGUGCAGGAAGAAGAGGAAGAGGGAUUCGAAGAGAUAGAAGAAGAUGACGAAGAUGACGAAGACGACGACGAAGACGACGACGAAGACGACGAAGAUGAUGAUAAUGACGACAUUCAGUCGAUCUUUGACACGCCUUGUCCAGUUCGACCAGCUCGCCCUGUUUCAUCUAUCACGCCCCCGGACACUCGACCCGUCAAUCGAAUUGAGCUCUACAACCCCGAUACUGGAAACUGGUCUCUGGCCCAAGAAUCACAGCAAUCGACUCCUACGGAAGUUGAGUCUUUCUCUCCGGAAUCCAGCGUGAUUGUCUUGGAUGACUUCGAAGAAGAAAUUGAAGAGCUUGGGGACCUGAUUAUGGGGGAAGAUAUGCAUGAUCUGCCUGCAUCUGAGCAUCCCCCGAAGGACCGAUUCGCCACGGAUCGCGAGAGGAUCAAACGUCUUCUAAAGUGA